AUGGAGCCGAACGCAGCUGUUGAGGCCGACGCCGAGGACGACUACAUGGGGGACCUGUCCCACUUCCUCCCGCCGAGCCCCUCCUCUCCCACCAGGAGCCUCGGGGUCCGGAAGCAACCCCCCAAGCCGGCUCCGCCGGCGCGAGGGCAGGCGAAGCGCGCCAAGGGGCUGCCGUGGAAGGAGCACCGGCGGCAGGAGCGCGAUAGGAGCCAGAGAGAGGAGGAUGCCCGCACGUUGGCCGGGAUGGCAGAGGCCAUCCCGGAGAGCAACGUUGGGUUCAAGAUGUUGAAGCAGAUGGGAUACGACCCGGCAGCCCGCGGCGCCGGCGCCGAGCCGGUCGGAAUCGAGAUCCGCCGCUCUCGGGCCGGACUCGGGGCGGAGCCAGAUGCUUCUGUGGCGCCGCUGCCGCAGCCAUCGGAACCCAAGACGCGGGAGGAGGAAGAAAGGGAGAGAAAGCGGCAGGAGGAGAUGGUGGUGGAGCUGAGGUCGAGGAAGAGCACGCAAUGGAAGGGACGGAGGUUGGUGUGGGACUUCCGCAAGGCUGAGGCGGCGCUCGCGCAGCUGGAGAACAGGGAGGUGGAGCCACCGGCCCCCGAUGGGGAGGAGAAGGAGAAGGGAGAAGAUGAAGAGGAAGAGGUGAUCACUGAAGAGGAUUGCAAGCUCAGUAUCAGGGUUUACAAACCAUACUGGAUAAGCUGCGUGUUCAACACCACUAUUGCCUUUACUGUGGAUGCAAGUUUGAAUCAGCAGGAGCAUUGGCAAAUGAAUGCCCUGGGCCUAAUGAAGAUGAUCACUGACCCACUCUGUCAAUGUAAUGAUUGGCAUUACCGCAUUGGAUUCUUCACAUACUGGAUUACAAACUUGCUGUUUCGUUUUGCCUCUAUCAUGCAGAUUAUGCCAAUGCCGGAAUCUCUUCACAGUGCAAUUACAUUUGUGUCGAUCUUUCAUGUGGACAAGCGAUCCAUUUAUGAUCACUGUUUGUUGAUCACGGGCCAACAUGUGGCACAAGAUUUGUCAGGGCAUCCGGUAGCCUGGUCGAGCCCCCGGCCAGGCAUCCCGCACGCUGCUCGGAACCCUUGGGUAGGAGAAAUCCAGCAGGUAGCUUCUGAACCUGCCGGGUUCUUCUGCACCAAGGAUCACAGGAGCAAAUCAGCAAAUGCAACUGGAUCGAUAGUGAUCGGUAAGAGCAAGAGAGGCAAAUCAACCGUUGCUCACCAAAGGAUGCAGCGAGUCGCCCGUAGCGUGACGCGAGAGGGCCGGGGGGCGCCUUCCUCCGGCGUUCGUUGUGGCCUGCGAGGCGUCUGCGGCAGCUGCGUUUUCCUUGAUCGAAUUCAGGCAACUGGUGGAACCUGA